CGUCGGCUCGCCACACUUUCCCUCCACGCUGCCCGGGACCGGAUGGAAGCGCUCUCCGUGGUGCGCACGUCUACAGCUCCCACCAUCCAGGUCGGCGACCGCGUCCUUCUCUCCUCCCAGCACGUCGCCACCACUCGUCCAAUCAAAAAGCUCGACGACAAGUUCAUCGGCCCCUACACUGUCACGGAGCAAACCGGCUCUCACAACUUCCGUCUGGCCAUCCCGGGCAAGAACAUCCACAAUGUCUUCCACGUCGACCGCCUCCGCCCGUACGUUGACCCAUCUACCUUCCCUGGUCGUACACCCCUCGCUCGUCCCCCACCAGUCAUCGCCUCUUCCAACGAAUAUGAGGUCUCGCGGAUACUGGACUGCAGGCGGAAGAAGGGCAAGGCGGUGAAGUACUUUGUGGAAUGGAAGGGGUAUGGAUCGGAGGAUAGGCAGUGG